AUUUGCUUCCUGUCCCUGACGAGUCCCUGAGUGGGGCGGAGGACGACCCUGAUGUGACUUGCGCUGGAUGGGGGGUUGUGAUUUUCAUACAAAAACCACAAGCAUCUGCCACCGGCCCGCACCCCCCAACCCGAUCCACCAUGCCUCGCAAGCGCAAAGCCCAGUCGUCCGUUUCCGCCGAACCCACCAGCUCCAAGCGAGCCAAGGCCAAUCCCACAGCUCCUGCCGCAGAGCCGCCCAAACCCACCGGCCCAGUGGUGACAUGGUCGCCCACGCCCAUGCCUGAGUUACCUGUCGAGAUCAUCCAGCUCAUCUCGGACUUCAUGCCUGCUGCCGCUGCUGCAAGAUUCGCCAAGACCAGUCGCUACCACCAUGCCGCCGUCAACGACGUCCACUACUGGGCCGUGCGUCUCCACAAGCAUCCAUCCAAGCCUGCCUUCACCGAGGAGCUGAAGACCUGCAAGAGCAUCAUGGCCUGGAUCCACUGCCUCGAUACCACUCUGUGUGUGGGGUGUCGUCGCAUCAGGAUUCCCAGAAACAGCUACCCUUGUAUUCCCUACCCCAUUUGCUACAACUGCACCUUUGACCACGAUUCUUGCAUUUAUGGGUUGGUCUCGGUCAGUACCAUGUACAAGCUCUACAAGAUCAAGCCCGGAGACAUGCCAACGGGAUCGAUCUGCAUCAGCAAGAAGUGCAGAUUCACCUUUGGCACCUAUUACUUGCGCCCUCAGGUCAUGGCCCGCGUCGCCGAGCUGCAUGGGAGCUGGACCGCCUUCAAGGAGCGAGCCGUGGUCAAGAGAUGCCAGAAGGGCCAGCAUAUCCUCGAGCGCAAGCAAAAGAUCGCAGCCCUCCCCAAGAAGACGUACGAGUUCUCCAAGGACAUGGUCGCCGCAUUCCUCGCCAACGGCAGGGGCUGGCGUGAGCUCAAGAAGCGACUCGAGCGCGACUAUGAUUUCCUGGAGACGAUGAAGUCGCGCAGCUACCCGUACACACCAGCCGAAUAUGCCCGCUAUCGAGACGAGCACAUCAAGACGCCCGAGGAGCUGCUUGUGUGGAUCGAUCGCCACGCAGCAGGCAAAGAUGCCUUCAAGGACAGCAUUGUGGCGAUAUUCCCGGCCAUCGCUGAGCGAGUCGAGCAGGCAGUCGCUGCACUCCCCGAGCUCCAGCAAGACCAUCGAGUAUCGUGGCUCAAUGAUAUCAUCGUCCCGCUCAUGGGCGUGAGUGUCCAGGACAUUCGCAGCAAGUCAGAAUACGACGACUUUGCCACGAGCAGCUACCAGGUCACUCCGGCAUCCGCUGUUCAGAGCUUCCUGAGCAUCGGCGACGAGGGCCAAGAAAGCAAAUUCAGGUGGUUCGCUAGGAACCUGGUCAGAUACCUUUACGAACGCCAUCUCUGGAACGUCGCGGAGCACGACUUGUUGACGAAGCAGCAGGACCCAUCCGAAUUCGCCAGUCUCCUGACGAUCAGCGAUCUCAAGACGAUGCUGCUGGAGCAUGGACUUCGCCAUCGCGGCAUGAGCCGACGAUCAGACAGCAAGCUCUGUGAUCUCUACGCCACGAACAAGAAGCAGAUCCAGCUCUUUGACGUGGUCCAGCGCAUGUGCGAGAUGCGGACGUUGUUCGAGGUGUAUGAUGCAAGCUAUCGGGAGUAUCGGGAAGCCAACGACCUUGACUGGAGAGAACCAGUCGAGUUUGAGGACCUCGAGCCGUUUGCUGUGAGGAGUUGCUCUGACGAGAUCAAUCGUGGCUACCCACUUGUCCACAAUCGCAGGUGGUGAUCUCGACAUGGAGUGCGCAUGUGCCACUCUCGGUUACCAUCGAACACCACUUCAUUCCCACCAGCCACCCACACACUCACACCAUCCCUCUUCAUCACUCUGGUGUUUGUGGAUAUGCAAAUGACUCGGAAGAGACUCGGAAGAGACGUAUCGAGUGGUCGGAAGAGACUCGGAAGAGGAAUUUUUUCAUGGAGUGUGAUAAUAUUAUCAUUCAACACUGAAAACAUGGAGAGAAUACCACCGCGGAACUCACUCGGAAGUGAUUUGGAAGUGAAUAUGGAGUGAGAAGCUCUUUUGGGGGCCGGUUGGGGGCAUUGGAGAAGAAAAAACAAAAAUUUUCAAGAAAAAAAAGAUAUUCCUGGCCGGGAAGGAUUUGGGGCCCACGCUCGCAUUCAUGGAGUGGACUCGGAAGAGACUCGGAAGUGAAGCUCGCUCGAUAAACAUGGUGUGGGGCUGAAAACUCGUAAGAGACUCGGAAGUGAAACGUCGUCGC